UCGCGCGCCACAGUACAGGAAUCGAACGUCCCCGAAGCGCACACAGCGGAGAGAGUGCGGCGCGCGAGUGUGAGGCAGCGAGAUAACGGCGAGUUGUUGCCCCCUGCUCCACUCCAGCAAGAGCAAACCAAGCCCGGCUGAUUGAGGGGGGUUCCGCACAGUGUUCUGCUCGCCAGGAGGAGGGAAGCGAGGGAUUUUGGAGCCGCAGUUUUUUUUAUUCUUUUCUUUUUUCUCCCCCCCCACCCCCCCGUUUGUCACCCCCGUUUUCCCCCUGAACGAGGAUUUCGUCUUUUCCGCGGUGGUUUGUUUCUCUCUCUCGCCGCAAAGAUGAUGGUCGGAGAGGUCGAAGUGAAGGAGCGACCGAGGCCGAGUCCCGACUAUUUGAUGCAGUUGCUGAACGAGAAGAAGCUCAUGACGAGUUUGCCAAAUCUCUGCGGCAUCUUCACGCACCUGGAGCGGCUCCUCGACGAAGAGAUCAACAGAGUGCGCAAAGACAUGUACAGUGACACAGUGAAUGGCCUUGUGGAAAGACACCCCCUGGAGCUACCUGAGGCUUUGGGACCCAUCGUCCACCUGCAGGAAAAACUGUUUGUGCCUGUCAAAGAGUACCCUGAUUAUAAUUUCGUGGGGAGAAUCCUUGGCCCUCGGGGUCUUACAGCCAAACAGUUGGAAGCAGAGACGGGAUGUAAAAUCAUGGUGCGAGGCAAGAGCUCCAUGAGAGACAAGAAAAAGGAGGAGCAGAACAGAGGAAAGCCGAACUGGGAACACCUAAAUGAAGACCUUCACGUCCUGAUCACAGUGGAGGACACACAGGCCAGAGCUGAGCUCAAGAUGAGGAGAGCAGUGGAGGAGGUCAAGAAGCUCCUCGUACCUGCUGCGGAGGGAGAAGACAAUUUGAAGAAGAUGCAGCUGAUGGAGCUGGCGAUCCUCAAUGGGACGUACAGAGACAACAACAUCAAAUCACCCACCCUUGCGUUCUCUCUUGCAGCGGCGGCAGCAGCCGCUCAGGGCUCUCGCCUCAUAGCGGCCCCCUCAGGUCAGGUGAUGCCUCAACAGUCACUCCGGCCCCAGACACCAGGUGGGGGCCAAAUCAUGAACCUCAUCCGGCCAACUCAGAUGGCUACCAUGAUGCCUAAUGGCACUCCCACACUGGUGCCUCCCUCACCGGAUGGCGGGCUUAUCUACACCACCCCUUACGACUACCCUUAUGCCCUGGCACCCACCUCCCUGCUGGAGUACCCCAUCGAUCACAGUGGGGUUCUAGGUAAGAGAGCCUGGGGAAGCAUGGGUACAGCUUUCAACUUUAGCCAGCCUGGACACGAGGCCAGCUUGUUUUACCCCGGAGGGGUGCUGGACGCGGCUUCCAUGAGCCACAGUCAGGACUUUUUGAAAGGUGCAAUGGCUACUAAAGUGAGACGGCAUGACACGCGGGUCCAUCCUUACCAAAGGAUUGUGACCGCUGACAGAGGUUUGUUUUCCUGUCCUCCCCAACCACCACCACCUUUCCCAUCCCAUACAUCCACAAACCAGCUAAAUGGUUGAUUGUGCCGCCACCGGCAACUAACACAUGACCUUCUGACCUCUGAACUCUUCACCCAAUGACGAGCCGCCCCAAGCCUGCCUGCUGAUCAGUUAACUGGUAAUUGCCUUUUGCUAGCCUCUCGGACGCAAGUGAGAGAGACAGAGAGAGAGAGAGAGGCGCCUGCCCGUACAGUUACCCUAACAAGUUCUGACAAAAAACAAACCAGUAGAAACCAACGCAGAGUCUUCACAGAAACCCAACGAAACCCAACAAAGUUGUGUAAUAUUCAUUUUUUCACUUGAGUUCAAUUCCCAUUCUUUCUCUUUCUUUUUCUUCAUGAAUCAUAUAUUGGGUGGAUGUGUUUGUGGUAUUACUCAUGAAUCUGCACUGAAUUAUAUAGCAAUAAAGACCCCACCCCACCCUCACCACCCACUCCCCUGUAACUGCUCUGAUUUGGUGACGUCACUUGUACAAGUCCAACUUCAAUAACAUUUGACACGAACCCUUUGGUUUCAGAGCGAUGACAUAAUCCCUCUCAAAUGUUCAUCUGUCCCUCCCCAAAACAAUUUUAAAUACCGAAGAGCCCCUACCUGAUCCCACCCUGUUACACCACCCAUCUGCCGUGGGAGAAAAAGAAAUGGAAGGAAAGGGAACACACGCUCACAUUAACUUGUUUAAUUUCUGUCAUUUUUACAUGUUGAGCUCUAAGAUGUAAUGAUGAGCUGACACAUUCUGGGUGUGCCCCCUCAAAACAGCUUCCUGUCUGUUUUAAAAAAAGCAUGGCUGAAAUGAUUGCAAAAGGAGCUUUUUAUGAUUUAUGUGUUUUCUCCUCUGUCUUGUGUUUUUUUUUUGUUUUUUUUUUUGCUUUACGUUUAGAGCCAUUUUCUCCACUUGAUUUUGGUUUUCUCUGUUCACAUUUGACUAAUGAGUUUUGCUUAAAUCGACUAAGGCAGGUGGUUUUCUCUGGAAAAUAAAAUGCAAUCUGAUAUUUGAAGCAGGCUGCAAAAAGCUAAGAAAUUAUGAAGGGCAAGAUGGGAAGGUCAAAAUUGGGCUGAUGGGUCCGUGUGUGUGUGAUUUGUUUAAUUUUUUUUAUUAAUACUACAAUGAAAGUAGGGUGUGCUGAGGCUUCGGGGACAGUGCUUGGGGCAGCGCUCAUUUGCUGCUGUCCGUUGCCACGCCCCCAUCCACACUACAUUCAUUUUUACAGUGCCUGAUGUAUUUGAAAAAAAUAUCUCGAUGAGUUAGCUGAGCUGUGAUCAAAAAAACUAAAAAAAAAGUAUUAAGUGUGCAUAUUUAGCCAAAGGGUUUUCCAAUGAAUUAUAUAUCUACAAUUAUGCAUCUGUCCGACAGGGCUCUCUCUGUGAUUUUAGAGUUUAGGGUGUGAAUUUUUGGUGCCUGCCUUCAGAUGGAACAGACAGCCGGUCAGUUUAAAGAUUUCUUUCGACCCAUUGAUGCUCCAUUUCUUCUGAGUAGGUGAAAGAUAUUACGGCUUUUAACACUAAUUCAACAUGCUACUCAGUUGCAGUAUGUUGGAAGGGGACGGGCACUAAGAUUUAAGUACAUAAAAGCUUUUGUCAGGACUCUAUAGUGAGUUGUUUCAUCAGCCACGUUGCCAAAUGGGUGUUUGUUUUAUUUCUAAAUCUCAACAUUUGGCCAAUUUAAUUAAACGCCAGGUAAACAUUUUCCAUCAGUAGGGACAUUAGGUUGGCAGAAUCUGAGCCUCCCUAUAAUUUAGAAAUUUAACUUUGAGUUGGUUUCUUUUCCCUGUGAAACAUACAUUUUUUCGACACAUGCCAAACCACCCAAAAGCGCAUCCACAAUGUGUCACACCUCCCUGUGAUGAUAGUUUAAAUCCUGAACCCCAUGAUCUUGAUUUUUCUUUUUUGUUUAACUCUCAAGAAAAAAUAGGAUGUGAAAGCCAUGCCUGCCUGUUCAAAUUGCUUUAUACAUACGUCUUAUAUAUAUAUAUAAAUAUAUAUAUAUAUAUAAAUAUAUAAAAAUGUAGAUAUCUGUCAUUGCAUAUACAAAUACAGAAGAGAACAAAAAAUAGAUAAUUUUACAGGGUGCUGGAGAAGAGAAAAAAACAAUUUAAAUUCUAUUUUUGGCAAUUUUUAGCUUUUGAUACUUUACUUGCAUUAACAAAAUCUGAAAAAAUCUAAUAAAAAGAAAAACCAGUAUAUGGAGAAAACAGAAAUACAGAGUGGGUGAGGAAAGGAGGAGCUGUUACCUGGGCUAUGAUUGGAAAGGAGGAUGAAGACCAAAACAGUCAUAACCUUUGGGAAGUUAGCGAGGAUCAGUGCAAGACACGGAACGUUUUCAAAAAAGAGGAUCAAAUCAAAAGUGCCUUAUCAACAGUGGUUUCUGUUUUCUGAGUGUUCCAGUUGUGUUCAAUAAUAUCCAGCACCCGCCAAGUGGCGCAGAGAGGAAUGGCUAGUGUUACAUGCUCUGAUUAGUCGAGCAGGGUAGCUGCCACCAUAUCGUGGUGUUACCGAAGUUAUUCUAUGCAAAAAGAAUAGCAGUCGUUUUGACCAGCUAAAAUAUGUGCCAUGGUUUUGUCUUCCUGAAUAUUUUUUUUUCCUUUACUUGACAGCCCUUUACUCUGCUGUAUGAGCAGCCUUUGUUCUCUCUUUUAGAUUUUAAAUGAUUAUGAAAUACUGUCUUGAUUUAUUUUGUUGUCGGAGACUGUGACUACCUUCCUAGAACAAAUUGAACUGCCAAUAGCAACGCGGUAGUCUGCCACAACAUGUUUUGACCGCGAGCUGAGAAAAAAUAGACACAAAUCGUUUGAAAGCGGAAACAAAAGGUUGGAGGGGUCGUCCUCCGUUUCGCGCGUUUGUUUCAACAGCUGCAAACCGAAGGAAUCCAGUCGAUGUUCUGAUGUCAAUUUAACCUAGAGAAACAAUCAUGAGAUUCACAGAGGACGAAUAUAAGAAAAACCCGGCUGGUUAAUGAAAGGACUUUGUCUAUUUCCCAGCCGCAGUUUUCAGUUAUUGAAACAAGUGACGGGUUAUCACUGGAAGGUAAAACAAAACUCAUCAUAUUAAAUUGAGAGAAUUGUUAGAUCCCAAUAUUUCCUCCCCCCCCCCCGGCAGUUUGUUUUUCUAUUCAUAGCUCUUUCAUCAUGCUGUUACACCGAAAGGUCAAUGAAAUAUAUUUUUUUCUCUUUUUUCAGUGUUAUUUUAAAUUGAAAUGCAAUAUUAAAAGAAAGUGGAGCAAGUGAUGGCUAUUCAGCAUUUGACAGUAUUAAGAAAAUUCCCUCUGCAAUGUUACAACUUGCUGUGUCAUUGUGAAAGGCUGGAUUAGUCCAUCAGGUGAAAGGUGAACUCUAUACCUACCGUAUUCUCUCUGGCCUGCCUACUACAUGUAUGAUAAUGUAAUUAACAGCCAUUGUUACAGGUUUAUAAUGUAUUUUUCUAAUCUCAUUUUAUAUGUAUAUUAAUCAUGUUUCUGAGUGCUUCUCCUUUUUUUUUUUUAUGAAACACACUGCUUCUUUUCUCCCCCUCUCCUAAACGUCCCUCCUCCUCCCCCUCUUCUCUUUCCUCAUCUUGGAAACUGUCUCUUGUGGGGAGUGUUGCCUUUUUCCCUGUUAUAUUUUGUUUUUGUUUUCUUGCCAAUUCCCAGCUUGUUUAACUCAUUAGCUACUUUAUUAGUUUUUUCUUGUCAUAAGUAUUUUUACAUGCUUGCAUUUAGUUUUCAUGGUGUAUGCUGUUAUUUUUUUCUUAUUAACCUCUUGGCAUUUAUUUUAAUAAAACAUUCUUAGUAAGAAUUUUACUAACUUGCUGAUAUUUUGUCUUGUGUUUUUAACCAGUUUCAUGAAUGUAUUACCUUGGUCUGGUUCACGGACUAACACGAUUAAAACUGGUGUCUGGCCACCACUUACACUGACUGAUGACCUGCACACUACACAAACACACACCAGUCAUCUGUGCACAUACAAGCACUCCACGCACAACCUAACUGGAAACUGCACGAGUUGAUACGCGUCCUCACUGCCGCUCACGCACUCUCACCUCCGUGCUGGAGAAAUCUGCUGACACUCUUCACACUCGCCCUCCGCUCCGUCUCAACACCGCUGCUGUGUCCCCGUCGUCCCUGUUAGAGACAACUCUCUCUCUCGUAAGUCGUCCCUCUCCCUCUGUGUCACUGACCUCGCCAGGCAGGAAGUGUAGAGGUGUCCGGCAGGAUGGGGGCGGGCGGUAAAACGGCAUGUUAUUCAAGGUCACUGAAUAACUCCAGGGUCAGUUGUCCCCUCUUGAACAGAGAUUAAAAGGGGGGGGGGGUCUUUUCACAAGAGAUAGUCAAAACAACAAAAAACUAAACUCAAGAUAAAACUCAAUUUUUCCUCUUUCUCCGAGCAUUGGUUAGUUCUAAUCUGUGCGACCCCCCCCCCCCAGCCCCCCACUGCAUGUGAAUCAUCUGAAAAGGAUUAAUUUGACUGUGAAUAUGUAGAGCAGAACAUCUCAUCAGCGCACAGUGUAGACGUAUUUACGACAGACACAGGGACCCGUUUGCAGAUGACAGUAAGUGUGAUCGUCUAAAGCCGUCCCCUGUCUUUUUCUCUCCUUUUUUUUUUUUCUUUCCGUUUUCCUCCCCAUUGCCUCCAUGGCUUGUCAUGCUGGAUAGCGGCAUUACAGUUAUCACCAGCUGUUGUCUGUCUGGUGAACAUUCAGCUUAUUGAUAUAACGACUAAUACUGGGCCAUUUGGGAGCGUCCAUAAUGCUUAGACACACACCAGUACCACCGUGCCAAUAUGAAGUACUCUGGGAUCAAAACGACCUUACUAUUCCUUCCAGUGUAAAAUGCUGAUAUGGCUUCCAGCUAGCCAGUAUUUAUUGUUUUUGUUUUCCGUUGGUCUGAACCACUGCCAGUGAGUGUUGUUCAUUCUACUGCUGUGUCGGUGCACUCAUCCCCGGGUUCAUUCAGCUCUCUUCCCCCUCCUCGGCUCUCUCUCCUUCUCACCACUAAUUAAAGGUAUUGACACUGACACACGGGCAAAAGAUUAACUUCAUUAAUCCUGAUUAUUACUUUAACCCACUGAGUGAUGCCUCCACGUUUAUUAUUUUUCUUCCUUUCUUCUUCCCUCCGCACAACAAAAACAACUUGGCCCUGAACUGCUGUGAUUCUCCUCGUGUCUCAGCGAGCACAGAACGAGGAUUAAAAGUGUCUAACAUCAAACUUAACAUUUCUCUCCCGCGCUGAAAUUAACAUUCUGUGUGUUUGAUCAGGAAAACGGGUGUUUGCGCCUCAAACACCUGCUCGUGCACCAACAAGUAGAGACAGAUAUUGGAUUACUGGCAACCAGCUCAAAUUGAUUUGUUCUCCCUCCUCUGCGCAUCUGGAGUUAUCGGUUUGUUUUUUUAAUUUAUUAAUGUGAGAUUGGCCUUUGAUGUCUUUGACUCCUCUGUGCCGUAAUGAGCAACUGAAGCCAAAAUACGGCCGUUAGCAGUCGUUACAUUUUACAUGUCAGAGGCGUGUUCAGUGGCUCGCCUUGAAAGCCAAGCUGAUGGAUGAAAAAAAGGAAAUGAUGGACGAGGGACUUUCUAAAGCACAAAGUGUUACAAACACUGCCUGAAUGUUGCAUCUAUGCUUCAAAAAAUUAUCAAAAGUGCCUUAUUCCCUGAGAUCCUAAAAGUAUAUAUUUUUGUACUUUACCAUCCAGUGCCAAUUUUCUGUCUCAGGCAAUCUUAUAAAAGCUUUUUCUCUUUCUUUUUUGUUGAGCACAAAAAAAUUAACCUAAAUGCCUACGCUUCUUUUUUCUCCCAGCACAAUGCACAGAAACUUUUAAACACAAACUGGGAAAGGGUGACCAAAGUGAGGAAUUUGGUCUCCAGCAUUUCCCUCCAUUAAACUUUGGCUUAAUGGUUCCUGUUCUGAUUUGAUCCACUGAGAACGUGACAUUUUUUUUGUCUGUUUUCUGAUUGGACCGCAGUAUGCAGGACAUUGCUGCACGCAUUCUGCUGCCACCUCCCUAAAUCUGUCACAGGGCAUUCAGUGCAUUUAUCUACUAACUACCCUUUCACCUAUCGACCCUUUAUUUCUUCUUCUGUUCUGUUUAACAAACAUUCCUCCAAUGAGUUAAACGGCAGGUUAACCGAUCAGUAUUGGUCUCAGCGAUGUAGCAGGUGGUUAAAGGGCAAAAACUACCAAAACAGAGUGAGAAAAAAAAAAUCAGCCCCACUGGAUUUUAUGUUGACUGUGAUGAAUAUAAUACAUUUUUUUUUCCUAAAACAUUACUAGUAUGAUAUAUACUGUAAUUUCCUCAUCUAUAUAGUGGUGCACUAAAAUAUGUGAGAUUUUCUUCGUGGAGUUGUAAGAUUUUAUGUGAAGUAGCUUCUAUUUUGUUUGGUGUUUCUUUGUUUGUUUUUGUUUUUUUUUAUAUAUAUAGAGGGUUAGACUGAGAAAAAUGAAUAGGGUGUAAAAACAUGUAUUGCCAGUUUUUGUUGCUCACACCAAAAACAAAAGAAAGGAAAAACAAAUGUCAUGUGUGCAAUAAAGAACCAUAUUUACAAGCCUC